AUCGAGCACUCCCCCACCAUCGAGCACUCCCCCACCAUCGAGCACUCCCCCACCAUCGAGUACUCCGGAGCCUUCAAGUGUACCGGAACCGUCUAGCACCUUGAUACCUGAACCAAGCUCAAGUAUUAUCCCCAUUCCUUCUAAUAGUGUUCUCCCAGAACCAAGCAGCUCGGCACCUGAGCCCAGCAGCUCAGCUCCUGUAUCUAGUAGUGAGGCUCCCCUAUCUACUAGCGAGGCUCCUGAGCCCACCAGCUCAGUCGCUCUACCCACUAGUACCUCUGCCCCAGAAAGUAGUGCACCACCUUCAAGCAGCGCUGCUGACUCCACAUCUGAAGGUCCCCCACCAUCCUCCGCGCCGGAAUCCAUUCCGGAGACCAGCACCGCGGAGCCUACAUCAGGUACACCACCCCCUCCACCAGUGAGCUCGAUUAUUUCGUCGAGAGGGACUACAGUUACGCCUUCGACCACUACUUCUGCGAACGGCACAUCUGCAGCACCGCCACCAACAACGAGUGGGGCCCCAGAAUUCACGGGUGCGGCAGUGCGUGCGAGAGGGGACAAUAUGCUUGGAGAAGUGGAGAGAUGGCUAAUUGGAGCCGCAGGCAUGGGCUUAGGUUGGAUGUGAGAAAAUGACGAGGAUAAGGGCCACGAGCGUCCUUUAAUGUUUCAAUGAUAAUGGUGCAAUAAUGUGGGUAAAUUAUUCGGUAAUGCUGGAUUUAAUAACGGAUACCACAAUUGAGUUUGGAGUAACUUUAAAGCCACG